AGAUAGUCUUAUUGUAACGACUAUUAUUAUACUCAACGAUCAAAUAAACGUACACUGAAAAUCACUAAACAAUCUAUAUAAUCAUAUAAUAAUCGUCAUCAUGAAUCUUAUUUCUAUGAUCAAAAUAACAAAUUUACAUGUACAAAUCCAAUUGAAAAAGAAAAAACAGAUAGAACCGAUAUAAGAUAAAUAGGCCCCUCUAACAAGUAGUCCAAUGGUGUAUUGGAACAAUAUUAUUCAAAAGAUUCAAGACUCCAUCAACAAAUCAAUCACUAUAAAACAAAAUUGAAUUCCAAACCUACUAAACCAUGAAUUCAAUAAAUAAAAAACAAAAUUCUGUUUAAACCAUCUAAGCUAAAACCAUGGAGACGAAAAUUCCAGCAAAAGCAGUAACAGCAACAAAGGUGUUGGUGAUAGAGAAUGCAGCAGAGGGUGCAUCAGCUCCUGGCUGUCCCGGUGUGGCCCCGCCUGGGCCAGAUGCCGGGACAUUUGAGCCUGGUGCUGGUGGUGAAAAAGUGUUCGGGCUUGGGCUUGAGCCUGGUGAAGAAGAAGUUGAAGGAGAAACUGCAGGAGAGGGUGUUGGUGAUUUUGUGGAGGGUGAUGGAGCUGGUGCUGAAUUUGGUGAUAAUUGUGUGGGUGCUGGUGCAGGAGCUUGUGCUAGGCAUGAUGUAGCCAAAAGUCCCAAUAUCACAAACAAUUUGAUUGAUGCAAAACCCAUGUUGUAUAUGUUUUUUGAGAGAGAAGAAUGUUUAAUUAGAACUAAGAAGUGAGUAAAAGAUGAAUAUUUUUUAUGAGAAGGUUAAGAUUUCUCCAAAUAUAUGGUUUGUAAGAUGAUUAAUGUGUGUAAUAUUCAAGUGCAUAAGUGGUGUAUAUAUAGUUAUAAAUAAUGGGUAAUGGCUUGUGUUUUUAAUUAGCCAGGCCGGUAUGUGAUGUGACUAAUAAAUAAUGGGUCAAAUACAAAAUAAUUUUCUUUUC